AUGGCGUGGAGGAUUCUUCAAUUCGGCGCUCUGUUUGCAAUAGGAUGUACACUGGAGUCUAAUUCGGAUUCAGCAUUUGGCAGUGCGGCAUUCGAAACACCGAACAUUGACAUCUCCUUGAAAUUAACGGAUCCUCGGAAUGUGAUCGUCAAAAAGGAAAACAGCGCUCUCCUGAAGUGCCAAGCGGAAUCCCGAAAGGGCCGAGUGCAGCUGAGUUGGUUCCACAAUGAGGAGAAAAUCUCGACCGGCUCGAAUUGGAUUAUACGCGGCAACGGUGAUUUGUUCAUUCCGAAAGUCGCGGAGAAUACCGAGGAGAAUGUCCUGGGGGAAUACCGGUGCUUGGCGCGGAACGGAGCCGGAGCCCUGCUUUCCAACGUGGCCGAGUUGAAACUAGCCUCAAUGGAAAAGGAGUUUUCUAUAAACCCUGUUAACUCAACUAUUUACCUUUCCCAGCCUACAAUACUCCGUUGUGGUAUUCAGUCUACGCCGCCCGUCGAUAUUCAAUGGGAAUUUAAUAAUAAUCCAAUACUACCUCACCAAACAAGUUAUGUUCCUUUACCCGAUGGGGUCCUAUUAAUACAAAACUCUCAGAGUUCCGACAACGGAGCUUUUAGGUGUAAAGCAACAAAUUAUAUACUUAACGAAAUUAAAUAUAGUAAAAUAGCGUAUGUGACGGUGCUGCCCGAGUUACCCGAGGCAGCCGAACCUUCAAUUCUACCUCUCGACAUUUCACCGAACGUCACUCUCCUCGCUGGUGAAAAACUCACAUUAUAUUGUGCUGUGAUGGGAUGGCCUAUACCUACAGUACAAUGGCUUAAUGAACACAACAUAGUCAUAGGUAACGGAUCCGUAUUGGAAGUACCUGAUGUAAAGCAAGGCGACGCCGGCGCCUACACGUGUACGGCGUACAACGCCUUGGGCGCCGUCCGUCGACGUCACGACGUCGUCGUUCUGAGGGCGCCCGUCUUCGCCGUGAAACCGACGUCGAAGUCCUAUCCGGCCGCCAUAACGGCCAGGCUGGAUUGCCGCGCCGACGGGACGCCCAAGCCGCGCGUCUAUUGGCUCAAGAACGGCGGAUUGUUGAAGUUCAAUUCGAGAGUUUGGAAUCACACGAACGGCGUGUAUUUGAGGAAUUCGGUCACCAACGAUUCGGGAAUUUACCAAUGCGUCGCCGAGAAUGCGGUUGGUACGGUUUGGACGGCAGUACAAAUUGACAUAAUAAAUAUAUCCCAAACGCCCCAACCGCCGCAGAAUCUCAAAUGCAGGCCCUACAAUUCCUCGACGAUUUGCCUGAAUUGGAAGCCACCGAUUAACGUUAGCGUGACCGGUUACAGCAUUCAUUCGUUUUACAAUAAUUCCGACGGAGAAGAAAUCGAGGGAUUCGAUUACGCGACGAACGUUACGGCGAAAGAUGCGGACGGUUUGGUCGAUAAUAAAACGUACUCUUUUUACGUUAGAUUGUAUUCGACGGCCGCCAGCGAUCCAUCGGAGAGGGUUACAUGCAAAACUGGUGUUACGGGCGAUCGAAACUUGACGGUAGAAAAACGAAACGCCACUGCAGUGGUAUUGAAAUGGUCGGAAAUCAGCACGGAUGUGUCCUGCGCGGGCGAGAAAUACCCUUACAAAGUCCAAUGGAAGACCGACUGGCAAAUACAAACCGCUUCGAUGCGAAAGAGACUGUUCGUUUUAAAUCUAACGCCGGGCGUCGAAUACAAUUUUCGCGUAUUUUCGACGAACAAAGACGGCAGGGAUCCGAUCGCCUGGACGUCCUACCUCAUACCGGAUUCAUCGAACAAUUCGUCGACGAGCGAAUUCGAUAAUAAUGCCACGAUCGAAGCGAAACCGCGUCCGCCGGUCGGCCUGAACGCCGUCGCCGUAUCGCCUUUCGUCGUCAAAUUAAAUUGGGUCAAUACCGAUAAAAACGCCAAGUAUUUCACGGCGUGCUGUCGCGUCGACGGCGACCAGGGCACCUGCGACGACGGCAAAUACUCGUAUUGGAACAGCACCGGUAAUAAAAUUCGCAUCAAGAAAUUGAAACCAUCGACGAUGUACGAGUGCAGAGUGCGAGCCCACAACGCCGAUGGAGUUCCGGGGUUGUUUUCGAAACCCGCCUACGCGUUCACAUUGGCCGAUGUACCACCCGCAGUCGGCGAUCUAAAGUACAAAAUAAUCAACGCCAGCGCCGUGAUUCUCUAUUGGCGCCGGCCCAAAGAGACCAAAGCCAACAAGAUCCGCAAAUACGAGAUAUUCUACUCGUCGGAUUUGAACAAACCGUUGGAAAGAUGGCCCAACGUGACCGUCUAUCCCGACGAUAGUACCGAAGAGAGCGCCGUACUCGCCCAGUUGAACGUCACCGCUCGCUACACGAUAUUCCUGAGGGCCGUAUCGGACGUCGGUUUCGGCAAACCGGCCACCUUGAACGUCACCACCAAAAUCGCGCCCGAAGCGGAGAUUUCACCGUCGGACGCCGCGUACAAUCAAAAAGUCGGCUUCAUCGUCGGUUCGAUAAUAGCCGUCUUUUGCAUAAUAUGCUGCGCGGCGUGCAUAUUGGAGCGCAGGAAGUGCGUGAAACGUCGCGCGCUGGCCGCGUCGUCGGGCUCGGCGAAUUCGAGCGAUUACUAUCCGCCGGUGGCGCGAUACGCUCCGCAAGCGGGCGCCGUACAGGUGCGAUUGGACCAGCGCGAACAGGAGACGCGAUUGCUGGACGUGCCGCAAUUGACGGCCGUCGUGCGGAACGCCGAUCAUCUCGAUACCAAGGGAGGCGAGGAGUUUCCCAAUGGUCAUACGAACGGCACGGCUAAACCGUAUAUGAACGGGCACGUUCACAUCACGGAGAAUCCGCAGUACUACGCGUUCGACUGCGACAAACUGUCGUCGAUGCGCUUCGACGAGGACUCGAAUUCCAACGUGAAACCGUCGAAGUUCUACGAUCUGCACGAGCUGUUCGAGAAGUCGAAGAGAUCGAAGGCGGGCGGGCGGCGCCGGUGCGACCCGCAUUUGGCCGGGCACGACGACGAUUUGCGGGGCUCGUCGUGCGACGAGGCGCAUUCGGAGGAGUCGUCGUUGAACGAUACGCGAUCGACGCGUUUGGACGAGACGCUGGGCGACGUGAAUAGGAGGGUGUCGCCGGUGUUGGGGCCCAACGGGUAA